AUGAGCGACGCCACCCCCCGAGAAACGGCUUCGACUAGCCGGCUAAACUAUGUGAGCGCCUCCCUCUACCCCAAUCCCCUGAGGGAGUCCCCUCUCUACGUACACACAUCUGCCGGUGGACCAGGCGGACGAAUCGUCCCAUUGACCAACGACUGGAAAGGCGAGAGAUGUCAGGGCUUGUCUACGAGCUGGGUGCGCAUCUUGGGACUUGGGGUAAAGAUAAGCUACCAGAGUCGUCUAGAAGAGGUUGUGGUGGAGUAUGACUAUGAAGCACUCCAUGAAGAUGAGCUGACCUUGCGAAAAGGAGAUCUCAUAAAGAAUGUAUGCUGCAUACAAGAGGAUGGCUGGAUGGAGGGAGAUCUCAACGGGAAAAGGGGUCUCUUCCCUGACAAUUUUGUUAAGGAAGUAAAGCAGGAGGACAAGGAAGCAAGAAGUGAACCAAAAGAGGAAUCUGCUCAGCCUCUGAAGAGAGAGAAGUCUGUAGGCAAUGUUGCCAACUUGGUUCAGAGGAUGAGUACUAUUGGUAUCCCCACCGGUGGAUUCCAGCCACGACCAUCAACUAUCACAAAGAAGGCGAAGAAGCGACAAGUCAAAGUGUUCUUUGAGUAUCAACCACAGAACGAAGAUGAGCUGGAAUUAAAAGUUGGAGAUAUUGUUGACGUCGUUGAUGAGGUUGAAGAGGGCUGGUGGAGUGGCAUAAUUAACGGCAAGUCAGGGCUAUUCCCGUCCAACUUUGUCAAAGAAGUAGAUACCACGAAAGAAGACGGAGACUCAAAUGACACUACACCAGAUGAGGCUGAUGGGCAUGGUGUAGAAAAUACAACCCCAUCAUCGCCCACACCUACUUCUGGCAAUGGAGCUAUUGUCCAGCCCAAAAAAAUCCCCCGCAUCGGUUUUGGGGAUAUUUUCAAAGAAGGAUCCAUAAAAUCAAAGGUUCGAAUUCCCAACUUGGAUACUGAAGAAAAAAAGGAAAAUCCAAUCCCUGCAUUACCAUCAGCUGCAAAGCCUGCCUUUUCCAAUAUGACAGAAAUGCAGAAAGGCGAUGGAGAUAGCAACUCCAAAGAAUUAUGUAAGGUCACAUUUGCUUUUGUGGCUACAAAUGACGAUGAACUGACUUUGCAUGAGGACGACAUAAUCACCAUUAUAAGCAAGGACACGGGAGAGCCUGGAUGGUGGCGAGGGGAGGUUGGGGGCAAAGAAGGUGUCUUUCCUGACAACUUUGUAGAAAUGAUUUCUGAUACAGAAAAAGAGGUUUUCAUUUCGAGAGGGUCACGUAAAACAUCACAGAAACAAGACCCCGAGGAGAAACUAACGAAGCCACCUCCACCGUCAAAAGACUCAAAACACAUAGCUCUUAAACCAGAAGUUCCCAGUGCUGACAAGAAGCCUCAUGCCACCAGGCCAGAUGACAAAGUUGAUUCAAAACCAACCAAGCCAGGGGCACCUGUCCCACCCAAAAAACCAGCCCAACUUCCAGGCAAAGGCAAACAAGGAAGCCUCCCACCAAAGAGGCCAGACAAGCCUCUUACUCCAUCACCAAAUUUGAGACAUAAUGGAGAAGUGCAUGCAUCCCGUCCAAAGCCUGAUUUGGACCAUGUGCUUCCCCCGAAACCCAAAACACCUUCAGCGGAGACAGGGGACAAAUCCAUGGAACCAUCUCUAAUCAGUUUUGAUGAGGUCUCAUCAAGCCCAGAAAAGCUGUCUCAUCCCACGGCUAACAGACCAAAGAUCACCGGCCGUAGGUUGCCUGCCCAAUUUGCUGGAGGACAAUCGCCCAACAAGGACAGUCUUGUGGAGAAAUCCUUCAAGAUGGAUGAGGAGGAUGGUGCUAAACUAAAGCCAGUAGAACUAAGAAAGCCUUCUACACAUAACCUAUCCCCUUCGCCAUCAUUCCAUAAACCCAGUGACGAGGCCAAGCCCAGCCCAGCAGUUCCAAACUCAAACUCGGACAGCAGUUCUCUUGGAACAGAUGAUCCCAAAUCCCAGAUGGAAGAGCUCAGAAAUCAGAUGAAGGAUCUCUUGCUGUCAGUGGAGCUGUUCAAGGCCCAACAAAUGAAAGAAAUAACAGAGCUGCGUGGCGAGCUUGAUGAAGAAAGACUUAAGCGUGUGGCGCUGCAGCUAAAGGUGGAAAACCUGAGGCAGUCUAUGGAGCUAGAUAAACUAAAGAUGGCUGUCCAAUCAACGUGA